AUGGAGGAGUUUAAUGCUGUGGUAAACGAGGGAGGUUCCAAAGCAAGAAUUGGCAUAAUCAACAACAACGAAAACGAUUGUAACAGCUAUAAUCCAGAAUUGGCUUUGCUGAAAUCUGCAGAUGGAGGAAACUUGGACGAGAAGACAAGUAAGCAGCAUCGAGCACAAAUAUCUAAGCUCUUAAAGGUAAUCGACAGAAAGCACGAAUUGGCUUCUCUGUUCAAUGAAAAAAUCGUCAUGGAGAAAUUCUUAGAAGAAUUUGCUAAGAGAGAAUACCAUCCCAAAACUACAAAGUCUUGUCUGAUGAGUCUCCGCCAUUUCUAUUCCUUCUGUCUAAGUGAGACUCUUGACAUAGACAUCUCUCCAGAGAGAUUUCUAUCUUUAAAUGAGAAGGUUACACGAUGGCCUACGUCUUUGCGCAAGGGCUGCUCGAAACGACAUUGGGAAAAGAUGGAAGUGGAUCUCCAUGCUUUAAUCUCCCCAGAAGAAAUUGAAAAGUUUCAGAGAAGUCAAGAUGCCAGAGAUACCAUAUGCCUACUGGGUCAGUUAGCAGGUGCACGUUCAGUGGAAAUCAGCCAAAGUCAGUACACUCUCAUCCAAGACUUUUUUUUGGUUAAGAUAUCAAUCGACAAUCCUAAUCGGGCUGGCGCUCUUGCCAAUAUGAAAUUGGGAGAACUAAACAGAGCAUCCAAGCAGGAUGAAGAGAAUGUUGUUUUCGUGAAGGAUCAUAAGACCCUUUCAACUCAUGGACCAGCGAGAAUUGUUCCCGGUUCAUAA